CUCUUACAUGACCAAUAUUCAGAAACUAUUUAAUGAUGAGAACUUGUGCUAUACUUGUCUUUAUUGCCACCUUGGUGGUUUCGAUCCACUGCGCUACUGAUGAAGAAAGGGAGAAAUUCAAGGCGCUGCAUAACGAAUGCCAAGCCGACCCCAAAAGUCACAUCGAUGAGGAGUCCCUAAAAAAAUAUAUCAAAGGAGAACUACUGGAUAAAUCCGUGGUUGGUAGUUACGCUUUUUGCAUAUCCAAAAAAGUUGGUUUUCUAAAUGAGGAGGGUAAAAUAAAUAAAGAAAACUUGAAGAAAGCUCUCGGUCGCAACAUUUCAGAUGAGGCCAAGUUGAACGAAGCUGUAAACAAAUGUGCCGUCGAGAAGGAUGAUCCUCAAGACACAGCUAUAGCUAUAGGAAAGUGCUUCCGUGAACAAGCUGGACUCGCUCAAAGUUAGCGUGUUUAGGCCCAGAGUACACCUAAUAUAAGUUUUAAUGCGAUAUGGCAAAAGAAUUGUUAAGUUAAAUAAAUAUUGUUGAGAAAAUAAAUAAAAUAUUAUCUUGCCCCUUAA